UUGGUGUACAACUUCCAAUUGAUGCGCCGACUUGGGCCCAACCCAUCCUCGACCCCAUUUAAGCAACUAUUUCGCGUUCCUCUUCUUGCUUCCUUAGUUAAUAUACAUAUUUAUUGUUUUCUCCUCUCAUGGUUCAAUCACCCGUCCACAAAGCUGUAGUCAAGAACGUACUUUCAGGUGAUACUGUCAUUCUACGCGGCAACCCACGUCCGAACGGACCACCACCCGAACGGUUGCUUGCUCUUUCGAACGUUCAAGCACCGAGAUUAGGCAACAAGGACAGAGAUGAUGAGCCAUUUGCUUUUGGCGCUCGAGAAUUUUUACGUAAGCUAUUAGUUGGCAAGGAAGUCUCGUUUGUCCCUGAAUACACCGUGACGACCACAACGCCUACUCGCGAAUAUGGAUUCAUCAUGACUGCCAAUGGCGAAAAGGUGGCCGAAUUGGGUGUCAAAGCGGGAUGGCUCAAGGUCAGAGACGGCAAGGCACAUGGUGAUCUUGAGGAACACGAGGCUACGUUAGACCAUUUGCAUGAUUUAGAAGACGAGGCGCGGGAAGCGAAACGUGGCAUGUGGGAUUCGGACGCAUCGGGUCUCCGCGACGUGUCUUUUACUUUUGACGGUGAUACACGCGCAUUUUUGAACAAGUACAAGGGACAGCCUUUGGAGGCCACGAUCGAACAGAUUCGUGACGCAUCCACAUAUCGUGUUUUGUUGACCUUGCCUGACAAAUCACAACAAUACAUCACAUUGCUUCUGACUGGUAUCAAGGCACCCGGAUGCAAGCGUGACAAUGUCCCUGAAAGCGUGUCAGAGCCCUUUGGUGAAGAAGGAAAAUUCUUUGUCGAGACUCGAUUACUGCAACGCGGCGUAAAGGUGUUGUUGGAAGGCACAAAUGGACAGACCUUUGUUGGUUCCAUCAAGCAUCCUGCAGGCAACAUUGCCGAGUUGUUGCUGGCCAAUGGUUAUGCCAAAUGCGUCGAUUGGAGUAUCACCUUGGUGACCGGUGGCCCUGUGGCACUGCGCACCGCUGAAAAGCUGGCCAAGGAGAAGAAGCUUCGUGUGUGGCGCGAUUUCGUAGCUAAGGAAAAGACCAAUGAUUCUGAAUUUGAAGCACAGGUCCUCAAAAUCGUUACUGGUGACACCAUCCUUGUCAAGACCAAGUCAGGUGUUGAGCGCAAGCUGCAGUUGGCUAGCGUUAAGCAAGCACCCCGAGGUGUCGGAAGCACCGCUCCUGGUGGCAGCAACAAAUCAAGAGACGUCAAGGAAGUUGGUUACCAAUUCGAAGCAAGAGAAUUCUUGAGAAAGAAAUUGGUUGGAAAAACUGCACAUAUCAGUGUUGAUUAUCACAAGCCGGCACAGGAUGGAUUUGAAGCAAAGGAUUGUGCGACUGUUAAAGUGGGCCAUGUUAAUGUUGCCGAGCAACUAGUUGAGCGCGGUUUGGCUACUGUGAUCCGUCACCGUAAGGAUGAUGAUAACCGGUCUCAAUUCUAUGACCAGCUUUUGUUGGCCGAAUCAAAGGCACAAGAAGGUCAAAAGGGUGUCCACAGCACCAAGGAACAGCCUGUCGUGCGUAUAGUGGACGCUUCCGAGAAUGCUUCCAAGUCUCGUCAAUUCCUUACUUUCCUCAAGCGUAGCAGCAAACAACACGCAGUGGUCGACCACGUUGCAAACGGCUCGCGUCUUUUCUUGUGGAUUCCCAAAGAAAACUGCCGACUUACCUUUGUACUUGCUGGCAUCCGUGCACCGAGAGUCGGCCGCACAUCUAACGAGCGAUCUGAUCCCUAUGGUCCUGAAGCACUUGCCUUUGUGGUCGAAAAGUGUCUGCAGCGCGACGUUGACAUCCAAGUUGAAAACGUUGACAAGACCGGCUCAUUUAUCGGAAGUCUUUUCAUCAACGGCGAAAACUUGGCUGUGCUCUUGUUACAAGAAGGUCUUGCCAACAUUCACGAAUAUUCCGCCAACGAAUCCCAAUAUACCAACCAGCUGUAUACCGCUGAACGCAAUGCACAAGCAUCCAGAAAGGGAUUAUGGAAGGAUUAUGAUGAAGAAAAGGAACAGCAGGAGGCUGCUGCGGCUGCAGCAGCGGCAAAGUCUGAAGAUGUGGUUGUUGAACAGAAGCGACAGUAUAUUGAUCUGGUGGUAUCAGAAUAUUUGAGUGGUCAUCGGAUCUAUAUCCAGGUCGUUAACGAGGAUGUGCGGAAACUGGAAGCUCUGAUGAGCGAAUUGUCACAGUAUCAUGUCAGUCGAGGCGGCAUGGAUGGACCCCACAAACCACGUGUGGGCGAUAUCGUGAGUGCCAAAUUCACUGAAGAUGACAGCUGGUACAGAGCCAAGGUCCGCCGGGUUGCAGGCGAUUCCAUAGAUGUAUUAUAUAUUGACUAUGGCAACUCCGAAAUUAUAUCCACUUCUCGCAUUCGCGUUUUGCCAGACAAGUUCAAGACCUUAAAACCUCAAGCACAGGAAGCCGUUCUCUCAUUUGUCAAAGGACCUGAGCGAAAUGAAGACUAUGGUGAUGAAUCUAUGGAACGACUGAAGGAGCUGACUGGCGGCAAACAACUCGUUGGUAUAAUUGAUGCACGCGACAAUGGCGUAUUGUGCUUGACAUUAUAUGAUCCAUCCAAUUCUAGCAGUGCUGAGGCCAGCUUGAACUUGGAAAUGGUGCGUGAUGGUCAGUUGUUGGUCAAUUCCAAGGUACGCUAUGCUGCUGGCCACCAAGCUACUAUCAAAACCUUGCAAGAGGCUCAGGAGUCGGCUAGACGUGAACGACUUGGACUUUUUGAAUACGGCGAUCCUAGCGUCGAGGAUGCUCCUUUCUAAAACAAACAAAAAGAAAAUCAAUCCAUGCUAACCCCCACAUUAUAUGUCAUCUAUUAUUUGUGUAUUUCAUUGUAAAAAACAAAAGAAAACUUCUAGUGUACGCCAUAGCAUGGUAAAAAAAAAAGUCAA